GGCUGGUUUAUUGUGUGUUGUUCAGUCAGUGUGGCUUCAUUUAUAUGUAUAUGUGUAUAUAUAUGUAUUUGGGUCACCGCCUUUUUCUCGGGCUUCAAAGCCUUGUGUUGCACCUUGUUCGGGAGGUAAUCGUCACAUCGGGAUUACGCACCUUUGACCUCCAGCACUGUCAACAGUAAGCGGCUCACUGAGAUAGGCUACCAGCGACCAAAUCCACCAGCAGCAACCGAGGGAUCGCUGUGCCGAAUGACUUUCCGCGGAUCCUGAGUGUUUGCUUUCUUCCACGCCGCGAAUCUGCGUCGGGAUCUGCCAGGGAGACGGGAAGAGGGGGGUUGCGUGUGGGGUGGGGUGGCAUUCACGCAAUCGCAUUGCCUGGACCCACGCCGCAGCAGGACCAUGCUCACGCGGGUGAAGUCGGCGGUAGCCAAUUUCAUGGGAGGUAUGAUGGCCGGUGGCUCCAACGGAGACCAUCCCAGCGUCUCCGAUCUGCCGCUGAAAUUCCCGUACACCCGACCGGACUUCCUGGGACUGUCGCCAGACGAGAUCGAGUGUUCGGCGGAUCACAUCGCAAGACCGAUCCUCAUCCUGAAGGAGACCAAGCGGCUGCCGUGGUCCACCGGCUAUGCAGAGGUAAUCAAUGCAGGGAAAAGCACAUUAAAUGAAGAUCAGGCUUGCUGUGAGGUCCUGGUUGUUAAAGGGAGACCUGCAGGAAGCCUCGCGCCUAACCGAACCCCCACGACCCGCAGGAGAUCGUCCCUGCCUAAUGGUGAGAGUCUGGGCCUCAGGGAGAACCUGGACAACUCUGAAGACCUAACUUUACACUACUGGGCGUUGUUCGAUGGCCACGCUGGCUCCGGGGCAGCUGUAAUGGCCUCUCGUCUUCUCCACCACCACAUUGCCCUGCACCUACAGGAGGUGAUGGAGAUCCUCUGUACUCCUAACCUCGUGCCGCCCACGUGCCUGGGUGAGGAAGCUAUCAAUCACCACCUCACCCCUUCAUCUCAGCGUGUCCUUACAAGGGCUGCAUCGCUCCGGGGUGCCGCAGGGGCUCCGGGUUCCCCCAGUACCCCACCGACACGCUUCUUCACAGAGAAGAAGGUGUCGCAGGAGAGCCUGGUGAUUGGAGCCAUUGAGAAUGCCUUCAAAGACAUGGAUUCACAGAUAGAAAAGGAGAAGGCGGUCUACAACAUCUCAGGUGGCUGCACAGCGCUGGUGGUCGUCUAUUUACUCGGCAACCUCUAUGUGGGGAAUGCUGGGGACAGCAGAGCUAUCAUUAUCCGGUCUGGGGAAGUCAUUCCCAUGUCAGCAGAGUUCACACCAGAGUCAGAGAGGCAGCGACUGCAGUUCUUGGCCUACAUGCAGCCCCACUUAUUAGGGAAUGAGUUUACACAUCUGGAAUUCCCAAGGAGAGUGCAGAGGAAGGAGGUGGGGAAGAGGAUGCUGUAUCGUGACUUCACCAUGUCAGGAUGGGCGUAUAAAACCAUAGAGGAAGAUGACCUAAAGUUUCCCCUGAUCUAUGGCGAAGGGAAGAAGGCUCGCGUACUGGCGACCAUCGGGGUCACGAGAGGCCUCGGAGACCACAGUCUCAAAGUGCACGACUCCAACAUUUACAUUAAGCCCUUCCUGUCCUGCUGCCCAGAGGUCAAAGUUUAUCCUUUAGCGCAGUGUGAGCAUGGAGCCGAUGACGUUCUGGUGCUGGGAACUGACGGACUGUGGGACGUCCUCUCCAACCAGGAAGUGGCUGAAUCGGUCGGCUGUUUCCUGGCAAACUGCGACCCUGACGAUCAGCACAGGUACACGAUGGCAGCUCAAGACCUCAUAAUGAGAGCGAGGGGGGUGCUGAAGGAUCGAGGCUGGAGGAUAGCCAACGACAGAUUAGGAUCCGGAGAUGACAUCUCUGUCUACAUCAUUCCCCUCAUGUAUGGAAACAAGCAGAACUAGCCAAGCUACGAAACCGCAGCCGUCGCUGAAACACAACCCUGCCUUGACCUUUUAAACUUCACAUUCGCAGUUUUACCUCAUUCCUUGUUCUCCUUUUAAAAGUGCUUUUGUUUCUGCUCAGAUCAAAACCUGAUCUGUCUCAGUUUAACCCUGAUUAUUCUCAAUCAGGGUGAUCUCUCUCUCUCUCUCUCUUUUUUUUUAUAUUGAAAAGAAACAAUCAUAAGAGGAGCUGUUAAUGAUUACUGUUAUUAUUGUUUUUUAAUUCUGGUGGAAGCCAUCCUUAGCUGUGUUUCGGGGGGCAAACCUUGUAAACCUGGACUCUCGAAUGAGAUGACGACAUCUCAGGACUGCUGUUACUAACUAAUGCACAAUAUUUAAUAAUGUGAAAAUGUAAAUAACCCGAAACACAAGACAUUGGUUAAGUGUGUUUGGCUGAACACCUGUACAGUGUUUAAAACCCUCCCAAAACCUAAAGACUGCUGUAAAUAUGAAUCAUUCCAGCUCUGUUCCAUGCACGCUUUUAACUUAGCCAGGUUCAGCCAUCCACUUUUCCACAUCUCCCAGUGAAAUGGGUGGGAAAAAUGAGUUUCCUUCUGCUGACUUUCGGCUGUUUCUUCUAAUGCUGCAGUUGCCAUUUUUUGCUCAUUUGUACCAUUUCGAUACUGCGUUCGCUACUAAGGAGAGAUUUUUUUUUUAUUUUAUUUUUUUUAUGAAGAGUACACUACCAGGUGGAGUGACACUUAAAAGAUUUUGGCCCAAUACAUUUCACGCUCCUUAUUUCUCUACUAUUGUAUUUAUUUGAACAUCAGUUGAGCUCUACAAAGGAAAACAAACAUGUUUGAGACAUGUUCCUCCUUAAGCUGUCGUUUACAUGCUGUUUCAAGCGCGUCGUCACCUGCUGCAUGUGCCAUCAUUAAGCUACGUAGUCAUCCUUUACAGCAGGGCGUCAAACAUAAGGCUCCAGGGCCAGAAUCGGCCUGGCAAAGACUCCAAUUUGGCCCACUGGAUGGCUUUGGGAUAUGUGAAAGAGGACAUAGCUUUUCCCCUUAUGAAGAUCUCCCUUAUUGCCAAUUAUAAAACACCGGUAAUAAUGUAACAGAUAAACAAAGAUAAAAACAGAAAGGUUCCUGUUUUCUCACUCAACGUUUUUUUUUAAUGAGUAAAAAUAAAAAUAAAAGAAGACAUUUUCUAUGAAUUAACAAAAACCUUCAGUUUUUUAAUUACAGGAGUGCGGGGGGUAAUGAGCCACCAGAAGCUUUUUCUGUAAUUUUUACACAUUUAUUUAUUUGCACUGACAGAUUUCUCUUAUUUCCAACAGCAACAGUUCUUUAUCAUGUAGAAAAAUUAAAAAUUGCACUUCUUUUUCUUAUAGUAAUUGGGAUUAAAUGUGUAGUCAAAUGUCUUUACACUGACAGAAGGAGAGGAGUAUCGCUGGUUCAGUUCAAACCAACUUAAGAUGAAAGUGGGCCGCAUGUGGCCCAUGAUGUAAAAGGAGUUUGACAUCCCUGCUUUACCUCAUAGAACCUUUUCUCAGAUUUAUUGUUCUCAUUUAAAAAAAAAAAAUCAAAAUGUAUAAAUAACAGGUACCUGUAACGACGCUCUGAUGUUACAGAUGUCCCUCAGAGCAUAAAUCUGACCCGUCAUUGCUAAACUCGUGUGUCUGAGCAGUCAACACAGUUUUUACGUUAAGGAGUGGGUUUCCAUAUUUUAGUUCAAAUUGUACUUUUUGUUUAUUUUGAAGGUGAAAAUGGUGAAACUGAGUAAAUUUAUUUAAAUGUAAAAAAUGUAAAUAACCUUUUCCAGCCCUUCCUUUUACUGUAAGUCACGCAUAUCUUACCGAAACCAAAACACAUGAUUUGUACUGUUUUAGAUCCCCAUAGGAACAAUAAAAAAAAAUAAAUGUUAAAGUUCAUUUUUCUGCUCUAUUAAAGUAAUGAAUCAACAUUU